AUGUCUCUCUUGUGCUUCAGCUCUCAGUUCCAAUCUCACCUCUUCAGAGAGGUCUUUCCUGAAAUCCCUGAUUCCCAUUGCCCCUUUCAUGGUUCGUACAUCUCUUUCUGGACUUAGUUGGAUUCUGACAUAUAGGAUUUUUCAUAAAAAUGACUUGGGCAAUUCUCAUUGCUUGCAAUGGUCUGAGUUAGUUUCAAUAACAUUGCGUUUCCCUCUCCUUUGAGGUUUGAUAAAAGCCAUAAAACCAUGUGGGCCUGCUGUCCUUUUAAUGGUAGGUCUUGAGUCACUUUUCUAUUCUUCUAUGGUCAUUGGUCUACUUAAACUUUCUACUUCUUCUGUGAUCAGCUUAUCACAGGGGUUGGCACAUGGUUGAUACUUCCUACAUGCUAAGAAUGAGGGUAUAAAGAAAAGGGUAGGCAGGUGACGGACUCUUGGCUUCAAAUGCCCACCCUCUUCCCAAUUCAACCUGUCCAUCAAGGCCCAACCACAUGCUUCCUCCUCUGAGAUGCCCUCUUGGAUUUCUCCUGGCCCUUCUUUGUUGCUCCUUUCUUGGGUCAAUGGAUCCAUCCCUUUGCUGUUUUGCUGGGCAGAUGCCACGAGCUCUCUGCCUCCGAGCUGGCUGUCUUGAGGGUGGAGGGGGGAUGUGUGCACAGAAGAGGCCUCCCCACUCGUGCCUGGCACAUUCAGCAUGUGCUGCCACCUCCCCCCAGCAGUUCCGAUCACGCCAACAUCUGGAGAACAGGCCACCGGGUCUGUCUGCGGCUCGGUGGGGAUUUGCAUGCCAAGGUCUCUCCACCCAGCCUGGCACAAUGGGGAGGAAAAAAAUCCAGAUCUCACGCAUUCUGGACCAAAGGAAUCGGCAGGUGACAUUUACGAAGCGGAAGUUUGGGCUGAUGAAGAAGGCCUAUGAGCUGAGCGUGCUCUGCGACUGUGAGAUUGCCCUCAUCAUCUUCAACAGCGCCAAUCGCCUCUUCCAGUACGCCAGCACGGACAUGGACCGCGUGCUCCUGAAGUACACGGAAUACAGCGAGCCCCAUGAGAGCCGCACCAACACCGACAUCCUCGAGACACUGAAGCGGAGGGGUGUGGGCCUUGAUGGACCAGAGCUGGAGCCAGAUGAAGGGCCUGAGGGGCCAGGAGAGAAGCUGCGGAGGUUGGCAGGUGACGGGGGUGACCCAGCCUUGCCCCGGCCCCGGCUCUAUCCUGCAGCCCCUACAAUGCCCAGCCCGGACAUGGUAUAUGGGGCCCUGCCUCCCCCAGGCUGCGACCCCAGUGGGCUUGGGGAGGCCCUUCCUGCCCAGAGCCGCCCAUCCCCUUUCCGGCCAGCAGCCCCCAAAGCUGGGCCCCCAGGUCUGGCACACCCUCUCUUCUCACCGAGCCACCUUGCCAGCAAGACACCACCGCCCCUGUACUUAUCAGCGGACGGGCGGAGGCCGGACCUGCCUGGAAGCCUGGCGGGGGCUCGAGGAGGACUGAGCACCUCAAGAGGCCUCUACAGUAGCCUACAGAGUCCAUGCUCCGCCACAGCUCCAGGACCCCCACUCGGGAGUUUCCCCUUCCUCCCGGCAGGUCCCCCAGAAUAUGGCCUGGGAGACCCCCCUCCGCCCCCUGGCCUGCUGCAGCCCCCCACCCUGGCCCCCUGGCAGCAUUCGAGGGGUGAUGGGCCCCCAGCCGCCCCACCCCAGCCCAGUGGGAGCCGUAGCCUGAGCGAGGAGGGUCUCCCCGCCCGUGGCGCCUCCCCGCCGACCCCCCCAGUCAGCAUCAAGUCCGAACGCCUGUCGCCGGCCCCCGGGGGCCCCGGCGACUUUCCCAAGACUUUCCCCUAUCCCUUGCUCCUGUCCCGGCCCCUGGCAGAGCCCCUACGGCCCGGGCCCCCACUGCGCCGGCUGCCCACAGCCGACGGCUGGGCUCGAUAAUGGACCCAGGGAUGGCACCAGUCCUUCCUCCCACGCAGGGCUGGGUGAGGGCACGUGGGGUCCCAGUCUCCCUCCCCGCUUCGUUAGAGAAGAGCCAGCAGUUACGUCCUUCCAAAGUGAAGGCCUGGAGUUCGGAUCCACGGUCGGGGGGGCUCCCUUC